AGAGCGCACUGGAGCCCUGGCCAGCGCGCAGCCUUCCCAGCACCGGCAAGCAGUGUCUUGGGAAUUCUCACUUGCUUCGGCUCAUUCUCUUUCACAAAAACCACUGGAUCUUACAUGCUUCUGUAAUCCCCACUUCCACUCCAUGUCCCCAUGAUCCUGUACCAGCAACAGGACAAGUUCUCUGGAUGUCAGCUGAGUUACUAAGGUAACUUUGCUGGUCAAAAGAACCCCAAGGUUCUCGGAAGCAUCCAUCUCUCCUCAUUAAUAAAUAUAUAUAUUAAUUAUAUAUAUAUAUAAUUUUUUUUGGUGUGUCUUCACCGAACAUUCAAAACUGUUUCUUCUAAGGGUUUUGCAAAAACUCAGACUGUUUUCUAAAGCAGAAACACUGGCGUCCCCAGCGGAAGCAAUGGGCAGUGUGAGAACCAACCGCUACAGCAUCGUCUCUUCGGAGGAAGAUGGCAUGAAGCUGGCCACUAUGGCAGUUGCCAAUGGCUUUGGGAAUGGCAAGAGUAAAGUCCAUACCCGACAACAGUGCAGGAGCCGCUUUGUGAAGAAAGAUGGUCAUUGCAAUGUUCAGUUUAUCAACGUGGGUGAGAAGGGACAGAGGUACCUGGCAGACAUCUUUACUACCUGUGUCGACAUCCGCUGGAGGUGGAUGCUGGUUAUCUUCUGUCUUGCCUUCGUGCUCUCCUGGCUGUUCUUUGGCUGUGUGUUUUGGUUGAUAGCCCUGCUCCAUGGGGAUCUAGAUACUUCUAAAGUGAGCAAAGCAUGCGUGUCAGAGGUCAACAGCUUCACGGCUGCCUUCCUCUUCUCCAUCGAGACCCAGACAACCAUUGGCUAUGGUUUCAGGUGUGUGACAGACGAGUGCCCAAUUGCUGUCUUCAUGGUGGUAUUCCAGUCAAUCGUAGGCUGCAUCAUUGACGCCUUCAUCAUUGGUGCAGUCAUGGCGAAGAUGGCAAAGCCAAAGAAGAGAAAUGAGACUCUUGUCUUCAGUCACAAUGCUGUGAUUGCCAUGAGGGAUGGCAAACUCUGCUUGAUGUGGAGAGUGGGUAACCUUCGAAAGAGCCACCUUGUGGAAGCUCAUGUCCGGGCACAGCUUCUCAAAUCUAGGAUCACUUCAGAAGGGGAGUAUAUCCCUUUGGACCAGAUAGACAUCAAUGUUGGUUUUGAUAGUGGAAUUGACCGCAUAUUUCUAGUGUCCCCCAUCACUAUCGUUCACGAAAUAGAUGAAGACAGCCCUUUAUAUGACUUGAGUAAGCAGGACAUUGACAAUGCAGACUUUGAAAUUGUUGUCAUACUGGAAGGCAUGGUGGAGGCGACUGCCAUGACAACUCAAUGCCGGAGUUCGUAUCUGGCCAAUGAAAUUCUCUGGGGUCACCGCUAUGAGCCAGUGCUCUUUGAAGAGAAACACUACUAUAAAGUAGACUAUUCAAGAUUCCAUAAGACUUAUGAAGUACCUAACACCCCCCUUUGUAGUGCCAGAGACUUAGCAGAGAAGAAAUACAUCCUUUCAAAUGCAAAUUCAUUUUGCUAUGAAAAUGAAGUUGCCCUAACAAGCAAAGAGGAAGAGGAGGAUAGUGAGAACGGAGUCCCAGAGAGCACAAGCACAGACUCACCUCCUGGCAUAGAUCUCCACAACCAGGCAAGCGUACCUCUAGAGCCCAGGCCCUUAAGGCGAGAAUCGGAGAUAUGACUGGCUGAUUCCGUCUUUGGAAUACUUACUUUGCUACACAGCCUGACGUUGGUCAGAGGUCCGAGACAGUUAUACAGACCAUGGUACUGGUCGAGAGGUGGGUGAAAGCAAGCAGCCACAAGAGACUAAGGCUAGCACAAAGGUUUCAAGGAAAGACUAAGCUGGAUGACUGAUGUAAAGUGCUUUGCAGGCCUCCAAGAGACAUGAUGGCACAUAUCUGUUGUAGUAUAAGUUAUGGGGUUUUUAAUGUAUUGUUUUGUGUUUUUACAAAACUUGAAUAUGCAGGCAAGCCUCAGUUUGGGUACAUGACUUACCUGGAAUGCUUCUCUUUAGGGGAACAAGAGUGAUUUUAAUGGCAUAACACAGGCAAGACUCUGCCUUAAUUUUUUGAAAAGCUGCUAACUACAUGAACACGAACUGUAUUUUUGUUGCAGUGUAGUUUAUCUUUUACAUAACGUUAAGACGUCAGUGUUGAGCAUUGUUGAAAGCGCACAGUGUGCUUUAAAGCAUCAAGUAUUUGGCUAUUAACUGCCAAAAAUGAAAGCCUGAUUUUCUGAGGCCAGUAAUUUGUUUGCUAAAAAUUGAUCUCUCUGUCUACCUGUCAGUCUCUGUCUCUGUCUCUCUCUCGUUAUCUCUCUCUCUCUCUCUCUCUCUCUCUCUCUCAUUACAUAAUAGCAUUAUAUAACACUAGCCAAAUGGUAGCCUCUGGGUUUUAUACUUUUCUUUUCCACAAUGCUAAUAGGUUAUCUCAAACUUUCAGUUAGACGACCUUAAAUGAAUACCAAAGAUAAUGCACAUUGUUUUGUUUUUGUUUUUGUUUUUUUCUUUUUCUUUUUUUUUCUUUCCUUUUUUUUUUCUUUUUUUGCACAUGGAGGUUAUAUUUUUUUAAAAAGAAACAAAGCUCCUGCACAGAUUGUCUUGGAAAUCCAGAGACACCAUCUUUGAACUUCAGCAGGGUGUGAAGCAGUCCGUUCAUUUUUGCACUAUAGUCUGAAAAGAACACCAAAGUCUGAUCAAUGUAGUGUGUUUUCGAGUCUGUUCUUUUGUGCUUCUUUCUUAUUUGGAGGGGAGGAGGGAAGCAUAGGUCACAGUUACAUAUGCACUAUAAUCAAUAUUUUUUCUUUCCCUUUUUCUGAGCUUUUCUCUCUUAGCACAUUCCAAAGUUGGUUCCAUAAGAUCAGAUCUUGGUUGAACUUUGUUGGUAACCUGGCACCUUCCAAACUGUCACCCAGCAGGGAAGAUGAACAGAUUUCAAAUUUUGCAGCUGACUCAUAGCCUUGACUGCCAGGGCAUUUCUAGCUCAGUGUCACAUUAAGAAAGAUGUCUGGCCUCUAGUCUUGUCCUUCUAAGGUCUCUGCAGAGAUAGAGAGAGAGAGAGAGAGAGAGAGAGAGAGAGAGAGAGAGAGAGAGAGAGAGACUUUCAAUGCAGCAAUCCACUUUACAGGUGAGAGGGAAGUUUCCUUUUUCAUGACAGAGGGUAAGAGGGACUGUUUCAGUAUUUUAGGUCUUAGUGAGCCAUAUAAACACAACAUAAUUACAAGCUAAGGAGUUAAGAGUCUAAAGGGUUAUUUCUCUCUCUGUAAACAUUCAUGAUUAAUGCCAGUGGGUCAUUGUCUCUUGGAAAGUCUCAGAGCACGUUGCCAAGGACUCAUUAUUUUCUAGAAGCCUCUUUUACCUAUUCACCUUCCUUUAUAAAAACCUCCCUCCCUUUCCCAAACACUAGCUCAAUCAUUCAAUUCUCCCUCCCUUUGUUUCUCUUGGUUUUAAUGUUCUCUACUUGUAAACCCUGGGGCUGCUGAGUUCCUUUUUAGUUGGCGUCUCAAAAUCAAGCCUCUAAUGGUAUUACACCCUAAUAUGCCAUUAAAAAUCAGCUUGUUCUAGAACCAUGUAUUUUAUUUAGGUUGAUGUUUGUGCCGGUCUGUGGCUUGUGAGCCUCUGUAUCUGGAUACAGUGCCUGUAAGAAACGUUGACAAUUUCUGCUGUUUUCAACUUUCUAAGUCAAUGGAUUUGAAAACUGUUGGUGUUAUGGAAAUCAAGAGAGAAGCGUCGAGAAAGUGUACAUCUGGGUUUUAAGGCAGGGUUGCAAGUUGCUUAAAGAGUUUGCUGGGUUGGGGACAGGGAGAAGUCACAGGAGAGAACACAGACUGGCUUCUGACAGUGUGAGGCUAUGGAAGGCUUCAGAUGCUGCUAUUAAGGUGAUUUGCAAAGUAAAGUAAUCAAACCAAAGAGUAUUCAGUGGAAUGUCAAUCAAAUGAAGAUGCAGUAAAGAGUGGGGGUGACAACAUGGACUGACCCCAAACACAAAAAGACUUGAGUUAUUUGAAAAGAGGGAGGGGGUGGGUACAGAGACAAGAAAAGUGGGAGGGGAAAUCUUUCAAUUUUUUUUAUCUUUAUUUGCUUAAAAAGAAGAAACCAUCUAAAAUUUCUGGUGCAUAGAUUUGUUUUUCGUUUGUUUGUUUGUUCGUUUUUUUUCUUUUUGUUUUUCAAGGAAAAUUUUGCAGAAGCGACAUUUUUAAAGUGUACAUUUUAUAAAGUUUAUCAGAUAUUUUCAUAUUUAAAGCCAAAUGUAAAUAGAAAUCUGUAAAGGAAAAAAAAAUACCCUAAGAGGUAUAACUACCGCAGUGAGUUCUGAGAGCUAGCACCUAUAUGCUACCGGUUAGCAUGGUUUUAGCGGAUAUUACCAGCCUUUUGAGGUUCGAUUUACUAUGUUCUUCUGUUAUUUAUUUCAGCAUGGACUGUUCCUUCGAGAGCUUUUUGUAGUUAUUAGCAUCUUUAUAGUUACAAGCUUUAAAUGGCUUUUUGUUUUGUUCUGCCAAGAGCCAAGACAUAGGUAAUGCAUGGCAUCUCUUCCUGCAUUUUUACCUUCAGAAUACCUGUCUUUAUUGACUGGGCCUCCGGAACUAGUGCACACACCUGCCACUAGUAUGCAGAUGGAGGGACUCACCUCGAACAUCUGGGGCUCCUCCCCAGAUGCCAGUUGCUUCUGUGUUGCAAGCAAAUCCCUCUAGGAUGUAUUCCCUUUUAAAGAAUGUUUGCCCAUAUCUAAAUGGGCAUUAUAUUUUUUUUGGAGGGGGGAGGCAUAGAUUCCUGGUUAUUCUAUUUUUAAAUAAAAGGUAGACAAACUGAAUUCUAUUUUGAUUAUUGAGAAAGGAAUAGUUUUCUAUCCCUCUAAGAGUAUACUUGAAUCAGACAUUUUUAGAAUGUCAUAGAGCACUGUAGUCAUUUCUAAAUCCCUAGAGAAGUUUGUUUGACUCUGUUCCUGUUCUGUUAAUGCAUUUUUCCUUUGCUUUCACUCCCUCUCUCCCUAUAUAUCCCCUUCCUAAAUCUUGAUGUGUCUCUGAUGACCUUGGUUCCCCAAUGAUGUUCCCCUUGCAGAUAACAAACGUCAGCUUUUAACUUAUAACCAGCCACCCCAUAAAAGCGAAAAGCUCAUCUCGAGGGGUGGGUUAAGCUCCUUAUCACCCUGUUCAAUGAUGUUAAGGUGGAAAGUAUAAAAGUGUUGCAUUAUUGCAUCCCCUCCCACAACCUUCAGCAAACUAGAGUUUCUUUCCUAGAAAUGUUAGGUUUCAGCUCUGGGCUCUGGCGAGUUGAAUGAUCCUAGCCUUUGACAAUCAUGAUAGUUAUUAUUUUCCCAUUUGCCAUCUGUUUUGUAUCUAAAGUCUUCCUAUUGUACUGCACAAACCAUGGGUUGUAUAUAUUUUUUAUAUAUUAUGUCUUAUUUUAUUAUUUCUAAAUAAAAAUUGAAAAUAAAUGAC